AUGGUAGUUUGGGUUCAGCUCCCAGGGUUUCCGGUACAUUUCUAUCACAAGAAAUUAUUGUUUACGCUAGGCAACCUAAUCGGGGGAACCAUUAAGCUGGAUUAUCAUACUGAGCACCAGCAGCGGGCCAAGUUUGGUCGUAUGGCAGUGGAAGUCGAUUUAUCGAAACCGUUGGUUCCGAGGAUCAGAGUGGAUGGACGAUGGCCCACGGCGGGGGAGGCCUCGACCAGUAAGCCCAUUCAAGAAGCUACCAUCCCUCUUGGCCCAUCUUCGACAGCUAAUGGGUCUCAGCCUGCAACGGCCUCCCCAAUUAGCCAUGUUAAGGCCCCCGAGCCGAUAAACCAAACCGGGUUAAUCACCCAUACUAUCUCGGGUGCGAAUGGGACCAAAAUCCAGAUAGUUGAAGUUCAACCCUAUAAGUCGAUUCCUCCUCGAAUCACCGAUCCAGAAGCUCCAUCGGUGGUGGCUAGGAUGAAGACUAAGAAGGAAGGAAAAGGAGGGAAAAGCAAUCGCUCAUCUACGCCCAAGAAGGGGACUCCGAUCCACAAUAACCCUCUCAAGCCAUUACAAAUAUGGUCCCCUGAAUGGACUGAGAUGUCUAAGAUAGGAGCGUCAGCGGAACCCGCCCUGGGAACCGUCGCGGAGGCAGACAAGACGAGCAUGGAAGUGAUCCGGAAGGAUGGCGAUUCGCCUGUCUUGCCUUGA